CAAGCAGCACUGUUCUGGUCAGAAAAUGUCUGCUCUUGAAACCCUCUUUAAAUACAUUGAUGAACACCAGGAUGUCUAUAUUCAGCGGCUGGCUCAAUGGGUGGCAAUCCAGAGUGUGUCAGCGUGGCCGGAGAAGAGGGCUGAAAUCAGACGCAUGAUGGAGGUUGCUGCGAAGGAUAUUGAGCAACUGGGAGGCACAACUGAACUUAUGGAUAUUGGGAAACAAAAGCUGCCUGAUGGAUCAGAGAUCCCUCUACCGCCAAUUGUUCUGGGAAUACUUGGCUCAGAUCCACGCAAAAAGACGGUAUGUGUAUAUGGUCACCUGGAUGUUCAGCCAGCAGCACUAGAGGAUGGCUGGGAUAGUGAGCCCUUCACACUGGUAGAAAGAGAAGGAAAGCUGUAUGGGCGAGGAUCAACAGAUGACAAAGGUCCAGUGCUUGCCUGGCUGAAUGCCUUGGAGGCUUAUAAACAAACUAACCAGGAGUUUCCAGUAAAUGUUAAGUUCUGCCUAGAGGGUAUGGAAGAAUCGGGAUCUGAAGGCCUUGAUGAACUCAUUUUUGCUCAGCAAGAGACUUUCUUUAAAGAUGUGGAUUAUGUUUGCAUUUCUGAUAACUACUGGCUAGGCAAGAAGAAGCCUUGUAUCACCUAUGGCUUGAGGGGUAUCUGCUACUACUUCAUAGAGGUGGAAUGUAGUGACAAAGACCUUCACUCUGGAGUUUAUGGUGGUUCAGUACAUGAGGCCAUGACAGAUCUCAUUACGCUAAUGGGUUCUCUUAUAGACAAGAAAGGGAAAAUCCUCAUCCCAGGCAUUAAUGAAGCAGUGGCACCUGUUACUGAUGAGGAGCUGGCACUAUAUGAGAAGAUUGAUUUUGACCUGGAAGAAUAUGCAAAAGAUGUAGGAGCAACAAAACUAUUGCAUGAUACAAAGAGAGAUAUCCUUAUGCAUAGGUGGAGAUAUCCUUCCUUGUCUCUUCAUGGAAUUGAAGGAGCCUUCUCAGCCUCUGGAGCUAAGACUGUGAUUCCUAGGAAAGUGAUUGGCAAGUUCUCAAUCCGGCUUGUGCCAAACAUGACUCCUGAAGAAGUCACAAAACACGUUGAAGACUAUGUGAGCAAAAAGUUUGCAGAGCUGCAGAGCCCCAACAAAUUCAGAGUAUACUUAGGCCAUGGUGGAAAACCCUGGGUGUCAGACUUCAACCAUCCCCACUACAUGGCUGGUAGGAAGGCCAUGAAGACAGUUUUUGGAGUUGAACCAGACCUGACGAGGGAGGGAGGAAGCAUUCCUGUUACCCUUACUUUUCAAGAAGCAACAGGCAAGAAUGUCAUGCUGCUUCCUGUUGGAGCUGCAGAUGAUGGUGCCCACUCUCAAAAUGAGAAGCUAAAUAGGUACAACUACAUCCAAGGGGUGAAGAUGCUUGGUGCAUACCUCUAUGAAGUCUCCCAGCUGAAGGACUAAGACACCUUACCUUCUGGCUCAUGGAUCAGAAGUCUGAAUUUUCUUAGAAAAUGUGAUCAAUUACCAAGUCUUACAUGGCUCCCCUUUUUACCAACACUCCACUGCUUUGGUGGGGGAGAGGGAAGCAUGCAGUUCCACUUGACAAAGAACACUGUAUACCAAAAAUGUUUCUUUAAAUGCUUACUUCAAAUGACACAGACUAUUCUUUAUCUGGCCAGCAGUCCUGAACUGCAUCUUUGUCCCCUCUGUGUCACUUCAAAGUUGUGGUUUGCUGUAUCCAUCUACUUUUCCUGUAAAGCAGGAGGAAUGGUUUGCUCUCAAUUGUUUAAGCAGCCACAUGAGUUGCAGAACUGCUAGCCAAGUUUAAGGUUCUUAUUCCUGGAUAUGUCCUGGAAAUAGUCAAAGUGACAGAUUAUGGGGCUAUACUGGAAUGUGUUCAAGCUGUAGUGAGGCAUCUGUCUUGCUGACUCAGUGAUUUGGAAGAGCAGUUUGUCUCUUACAGUUUAUACCUGCCUGCAGGUUUCAGUUUACAGUGAAUUAGGUUAUAACAAAAUUCACUAUGGUAAUGACUACUGGCCAUCUUUUUGUAAAGCUACCUUUGUACACCCUAAAAAGGACAAUAAAUAAUCAUGCUCUAGA